AUGGCAGAAGAGAAUGAGACAGAAGAGAAGCCGACAAAAGAAGAUCUUGGCUACCAUCUGUUCCCGCAGAGGGACAGAAGAAAUCCUAGAAAGGAGUCCCUGGCAUCCAAGCUGUACUUUUUAAAGUUUAGAUGCCAGAACAGGCUAAAGUUGGCUUUGGCAGAAAACCCACAGAUAAAAAUACUUUUAAAUGCCAUGGGGCAGGCUGGUUGUACAGCUUACAUGGACAGACACUUUACUUGUGAAGAUUGUGAUGAAAAAGUAGGAGGGGGCUUUGAUUCAGCUACUUCUGAGAUUGUAUUAUGUCAAAAUACCAUUACCGAUCAAAAGCAAAUGAACAGGGUGGUUACACAUGAGCUGAUUCAUGCUUAUGAUCACUGUCGUGCACAUGUGGAUUUCUCAAGUAAUCUUCAACACCUUGCUUGUUCUGAGAUUAGAGCUGCCAGUCUUAGUGGAGACUGUUCCCUUACUAAUGAAAUGCUCAGGUUAAAGUUUGGGAUAAAGGGGCAUCACAAGACAUGUGUUCGAGAUCGAGCUGUUAAGUCCAUUCUAGCCACGAGAAAAGUCAGUCAAGAGGCUGCAGAAAAGACUGUGGAUGAAGUGUUUAAUUCGUGCUUCAAUGAUCAGGAACCAUUUGGUCGAAUACCUUAUAAUAAAGCUUCUGCACAUAUGUCAUACAAAGAGUAUAUGAAUCGGGGGAGGUAUUAUGGCAAUAUUUGACCA